GACAAUAUGCAGGAGUUGCGAGUCUGGGGCGGCGGAGUCGCCAACGCGCAGGAAGACACGCUGAGUCGACGGGUGGACAAGAAUGCCUCGACGCUGCAGGUGGUCGUCUACAAGCCGGAUCAUACCAAAGGCGGCAUUCUCAUACGGCCAAAGUACCACCGCGGAGACCGACGCGGGGUGCAGACUUUUCCGGUCCUGACGCACAUGAGCAUCAGACUGGUCCCGUCAGUGAUGCCGGCCGAGUUUGGCUGGCGGCUUCCAGCGCUUAAGCAGCUCACUCUCCUGCUGGACCUGUCCGUUCGGCCGAUUUGGAACCGGUACGAACCCGGCGAGGCGCGGCGAAGCAUCUUUGACGAUGGGGAGUCGUAUCUUCGCACCGCGCUUCGCACCAGGCUCGGCCGGCUGGUGGAUUCGGGCGACAACGCGACAGGUUUCGAGACCGCCGAGCGCUGCCACGAUGCCCUCCGCCAAGCGUGGCCUCUCCUCCUUCCCCUCCUCAAGGCCCAGGGCUGGGCACCCGCGUGGGAGGUGCGCGUGGCCCCGUCGCCGCCAACCGCCCAAGGGCUGGCCGUACUCGGGCUGACGCGCCCGCCCGCGGGACUUGAACUGUGGCCCUCGAGGGGCGUGGCGGACGAGGUGCUGGUGGACUGGCUGCAGCUGACGUGCGCGAGCGCGACGCGCGACGGGGCGCCAUCCGGAGCGGCAAGCAGCGCCAGCGGCGCGGUCUCGCUCGCCUGAAACGACGUUAGGUCAUGCACGCUUGCACCGCCGUACUGGGGGCUUGCAGCCACAUGCCCACAUCUCUACCGGCGGCGCAGCGCCCCUGUUAUGGCGGCCGGUCUCGAUUUUUCUUUAUUUUGUAACGGGAAAGACCGAAACAAAACAA